GACGGACCGGGCGGGCGGCCCCGCGCUCCGGCUGACAGCGGCGGCCCGGCCCGGCCCUGCCCUCCCGGCGCGGCGCGGCGGGACUUGUAGUGCGCGGCGGGCGGAGGCGGCCGGGCCGGCCCCGGGGCGGACUACAAGUCCCAGGCGGGGCGGGCGGCGCUGUGUGUGAGCCGAGCCAGCGGCGCGGAGCGGGGCGGGCGGCGCGGCGGGGCUCGCUCGGCGCCGCAGCCGUAACCUCCCGUCUCUCCCUCUCGCAGCGGCCGCGGCGACGAUGCAGGCGGAGUCGGGGAUCGUGCCGGACUUCGAGGUGGGCGAGGAGUUCCACGAGGAGCCCAAGACGUACUACGAGCUGAAGAGCCAGCCCCUCAAGAGCAGCAAUUCCGAGCAUCCUGGCGCUUCCAAGCCUCCCUUAAGCUCCUCCAGCAUGACCUCACGAAUCCUGCUCCGACAGCAGCUCAUGCGUGAGCAGAUGCAGGAGCAGGAGCGUCGGGAGCAGCAGCAGAAGCAGCAGGCAGCCCAGUUCAUGCAGCAGCGAGUGCCCGUGAGCCAGACACCUGCCAUCAACGUCAGCGUGCCCACCAGCCUGCCCCCUGCCACCCAGGUGCCCAUGGAGGUCCUCAAGGUGCAGACUCACCUUGAGAAUCCAACCAAGUACCACAUUCAGCAGGCCCAGCGGCAGCAGGUAAAGCAGUACCUCUCUACCACUCUAGCAAAUAAACAUGCCAACCAAGCCCUGAGCUUGCCAUGUCCAAACCAGCCUGGGGAUCAUGUCAUGCCACCUGGGACGGGGAGCAGCGCACCCAACAGCCCCAUGGCUAUGCUCACCCUCAACUCCAACUGUGAGAAAGAGGGAUUUUAUAAAUUUGAAGAGCAAAGCAGGGUUGAGAGUGAGUGCCCGGCUCUGAAUACACACUCACGAGCAUCAUGCAUGCAGAUGGAUGAUGUGAUUGAUGACAUCAUUAGCUUGGAGUCCAGUUACAAUGAAGAAAUCCUCGGCUUGGUGGACCCAGCCCUGCAAAUGGCAAACACGUUGCCUGUGUCUGGCAAUUUGAUUGACCUUUAUGGCAACCAAAGCAUGCCUCCUCCAGGACUAAACAUCAGCAACUCAUGUCCAGCUAAUCUUCCUAAUAUAAAAAGGGAGCUCACAGAGUCCGAAGCGAGAGCUCUGGCUAAGGAGAGGCAAAAGAAAGACAAUCACAACUUGAUUGAAAGAAGAAGAAGAUUUAAUAUUAAUGAUCGUAUAAAAGAACUGGGCACCUUGAUACCCAAGUCAAAUGACCCCGACAUGCGCUGGAACAAGGGAACGAUCCUGAAGGCGUCGGUGGAUUACAUCCGCAAGCUGCAGAGGGAACAGCAGCGCACCAAGGAGCUGGAGAACAGGCAGAAGAAGCUGGAGCAUGCCAACAGGCACCUGCUGCUCAGAAUACAGGAGCUUGAGAUGCAAGCCCGGGCACACGGACUGUCCCUUGUCCCAUCCACAGGCCUUUGCUCCCCUGACAUGGUCAACAGGGUCAUCAAACAGGAGCCCGUGCUGGACAACUGCACCCAGGAGAUGAUGCCACACCACACAGACCUGUCCUGCACCACCACGCUGGACCUCACUGACGGCACCAUCACCUUCAGCGACAACCUGGGCAACGUGACUGAGCCAGCCGGCACCUACGGAGUUCCUGCCAAAAUGGGAUCCAAACUGGAAGACAUCCUGAUGGACGAUACGCUGUCCCCUGUGGGAGUGACUGACCCCCUGCUCUCCUCCGUGUCUCCUGGGGCGUCCAAGACGAGUAGCAGGCGGAGCAGCGUGAGCAUGGAGGACACUGACCAUGCCUGUUAGCACCUGUUGGCACAGCUUUCAGAAACUGCUUUGGUUCUUUGAUCAGUAGAUGAAAUAAUUUACCCUUUUGUAGAAUUUUUUUGAUUUUGUUUUUUUCCCCCUUGUGCUUCAUCAGUGUGUGUGCGUGUGUGUAUAUAUUAUAUAUAUAGAAUUUUUUUUAGAAUUUUUUUGUGAAGAAACUUGUAUAUUCUAUUUUAAAACUACCAAUGCCUCCAAAAUAUUGUACAGCAUAUGUACAGAAUCUGUGAACUGGAUUCGCCAAGAACUUUGAACUGGUCAAAUCUACUCAAAGCAAUAGAAUUACAGAUGAAGAGUCUGUUUCUACUGGGGGGGGAGGGGGCAAUUGUAGGAUUGUAAAUGCAACCUAUUUACUUGGAAACAAAAUGUAAAGUUUAAGAAUGUAAAGAAACAAAACAACAGAAGUCCAAUUUGUAAUUGUAUUAAUUGAAUAGUGCUGCCUUAAAGAUACAGUGUCCCUCAAAUGUUGGUCUUACAUGACAAGUGUUUAGGGAAAAUACCCACCUGACUUCACUCAGAAAAGAAACUAAACCCAAGUGUUAAGACAUCCUGAUUGUGUUGAUUGUGAUAUAAAAUGCUGUUGCUGAAACUGCAGGGAGAUAUGAGUGUCUCAGAGUGUUGUUUAAUUUUACUCUGAGCUGAUUUGGGUUUUCCUUUUGAUCAUGGUUCAAGUUUUUCCUCUUAAAUUUUUAUUUUGUUUUGUGACACACAUGGGUGGCUUUGCCAAUGGCAAAGCAAGCAGGAGCACUGUAAGUUGGGAUACACUCUUUGGACAAAAAAAUUAUGCAUAUUAUAGCUGGGCACAUUAUGUUGUACAUAUCUAAUUGGCUUUAUUUCUUUUUUAAUUGCAUUGUACAGUUUCUUUUGAUUUGCAUGGAUUCCUUAGUUAUCCUCAACUUUUUGUUUUAAAUUUAUUUGUAUUUCAUUUGUAAGAUUUUUGCCUCUUAAUAUUGCAGCGAUUUUUUGACAUUUUUAAAACUCAUUGGAAGUUUUCUGCGUUCUUUGUAAACACUUGAAAGGAAGCUUUUAUGCAGGGUUCUGUGUUUUAAGAGAGAUUUUGAGAAUAUUUUGUAUAUUACAGUCUCACUUUGAAAAUGUUUUUAAACGCAUUUAAGGUAGAGUAAAAAUUUAGAUUAGGUAAUAAAACAACUCUGUAGAGAAACUGAACUUACAUAUUUAUUUUUAGUGAUACAGAAACAAAGUAGUAAUAUGCUUGGAAACAUAACUAUGUAGUUAAUAUACCCGUUAGAGCAAUUCGUGUUCUAUUUCAGCACUGGGGCUGACAUAAGAGAAAAAAAAACAACAAAAAAAAAAGAGUAAAUUACUGUAUCUGCAAAUAACUGUUACUUGAUAACAAUGUUAUUAAUUUUUAACAUGCAACCAUGUUGUAAAAGUAGUUUGGUGCAUUAUCUACUCAAGUGUAGUCCUAUGCAAUAACGGUAGUUUUCCUUGUAUUAUAUCCAGCCUAGGUGUUCCACGGAGGUGACAGACAGGUGGUGUCCGAGGGAAUGGAGUUCUCCACGGCAGCCUACAGCUGACUGGCAGGCGUGGCUCGUUCAGAAUGAAGUGCCUUAAACUCUAGUUGUAGUCUUCCUCGACUAGCACUGACUGAAGUGUGGCGUAGACAGAGCUUUGGGGUGGUGGUGUGUAGGGCCUUGAGGUGUAGCAUGGUGCCUAUGGAUAGAAAACCAGAGCUUCCCUUUCUCCUUUGUGCUACACUGGAAAUUACAUGGGAUGGGUGCAACGGUGAGUAACCUGAGUGCCAGUUUGGCCAGCUUUCCAAGGAAACCUUGGGCUCAGCAGGUGGUGUUCAGAAACCAAAUGUGAACUGGGUUAGGAUGGGGUGGCUGGGGGUAGUGAUGGGAGUUUCCACAGCACUGAGCCCUCUUUCCAGACAUCUCCCCAGGAGGAUUCCCCGCUAUGGAAUGGGGGCAAGGGUUCCUGGUGUUCCCUGGCUGGCACUGCUGCUGUGGCAUGGGGGGCAAGGGCUCCUGGUGUCCCCUGCCUGGCAGCUGUGCUCCAGGGGUUCAGGCUCUGCAGGGCUGUGGAACUCGGGGUUGUGUUCCUGUCACUCUUCCCGUGGCUGUGUCCAGCCCUCCCUUCCCGCUUGAGCCGCCAGCGAUGUGUUAGCGUUGAUGCAACCACGGGGUUGUGGCUUUUUUUCUUUUCUUUUGUAGUUCUUGAAGGAGGAGCUGGAGAUGGGUUGUAAUGAUGCCUCUCCCCCUCAGCCCUCACAGCUUUUGGGAAUAUGUCUUUCCUAGGUAGAGAAGCUCUGGCCCAGGCAGGACCCAGGAGGCUGCAGGAUGUGCUGUGGUCACCAUGGUCCUGGGGCAGGAAAUGCCCCCAAGUCUUUGCAAGGCAGCUGUGCCAUAGCUCUGAGUCAAGUGUGGGGGUACAGGUUUCUGGUGCUGCUGUUUGGCUGGGGUGACUGGUAGGAAAAUGUGUAAAAAACGGUUGUAGCUGUAACACAGGGCUGUGUUGCCCUUCCCAAAGAAUGGGGCAGCUCUGCAGUGUUGGUACAACAAAUCAGGGUGUGCAUGCUGGAGUGUAGUAACUGAGAACCACUGAAUGUAUUGAAUGAGGCUUUUGGUUUGGUGCCUGCCCUGGGCAUUCAGAAAUUCAAGUCUAGACUGUGGUAUAUGAAUAUUUUUCAAGCUUAUGUGAAACCACUGGUACUCGCUGACUUCUCAUUUUUGGCUGUGUGGAGGUGAGUUAGGAUACAAGGCCAACCAUUCCAUCAAGAGCUGGAUUCCCUGGCAGAAGUCUCUGUGGCUGCAGCAGCUGUGUUGUGUGCUCCUAUACCUUGUGUUUUCUGGGCUAACACAUAACUUGGCCAUGCCCUGCUCACUCUUCCCCCUGUGUUUCCAUGGGUUACAGCCUUCCUCUGAGCCUGCCCACCCUUGGAAUGGUGACACUGCAGUGGGGACACCUCUAGGUGACACAGACCCCCAGUGGGUGCUAAUGGGAGGUACCUUUGCCUGUUUGAGCAUGGUGGAGGGUGUGGCUGUGACAUUUUGGAGGGGUUGGUGGCAGGGGACAGGGGCAGCAGUCACAGGAAUGGUUUGGCAUGGGCUGGGUGGAGUGAGAUGGACAGGAGUUGUUGCCCAGUCUGGUGACAGUGACGUGUGUGACGCUGGGCAGCGGUGGCUUCCCUGAGCAGGUGGGUGGGGAAACGACCAAUUCUCACUUCGCCAAAGCCAUGCAACAGGCAGGGAUGUGCAGAGUACCAUGGAAAGUUCUUCCUUACUGCUUUUGGCCUAUAAAGCAAUAUUUAACUCUUACAACCUGUAAAAGCAAAAAGAAGGUACAUAAGGAAAGCACAAAGCACAAAAUAAUGCACUUACAUUUAUGUUGUUUGACAUAAAAUGCACUGGGGGGGAAGCUGAUGUUGAUAAUAGUAUAAAUACCUAUAUUUCUUGAAAAAAGUGACAUUAAUUACUGCCUCUUGCUAUGAUGCUUGGUACUGUAAUGUUGAUAUUCAUCUGCUGUUGACUGCAGCAAUAAUUUGUGUAUGGUCCAUAGCACUGUAAAUUAUGGAUCAAUAUUAAUGUAUCCAAUGAAAUAAUUUGAACUGUUGUUCUUGAUAGAUGGAUUAAAGCAUUUGGUUUUUCACAUA